CUGCCACCGGUUACAAGCGCGGCAGCGUCGUGGGGUUCGUUGCGAUGGUCGACCCGCACGCGCUGUUUCUCGUGCGGUUGACGGCGGGAUGGGCCCGAGUGUCGACGUCGGGAUUGUUUUGGAACCUGGAGUUGGCAGUGUCCCCGCCCGAUGGAACGGUGCAGCCGCUGUCGCCAGUGUGUGAUGCUGUUGGCGCGAUUGUCGUCACCAACACCUCGAGCUGUGCCAUGGACGGUCCAUUUGAAGGACUCAACGCCGUGCGCCCUGGCAACUUUCUCGUUGCUGUGAACGACAUGGACAUUUCCACAGCUCCCGUUGUCGGCUCCACCAUCUUCGCCCAACUAGACGAUGCCACGAUGGCAUCCGAUGACAAUCCCACCGUUCUCGUCUUUGCACGCCACGAUUAUGCCCAGGCGUGUGCAGCGCUGAGCUCGGCGAGCGCCGCCCGUGUACCUUCCCCUGGCGCUGUGCUCGAUCUUUCGUGGCAAGGCUCGACGUGGUAUUGCACCGACCGAGGCGAACUCUUUGCGAGCCCUGUCGUGGAUGGCCAGCAGUCUUGGUUUACAGACAAGAGCUUGGCCUUGUCUGUGGUGCAGACCUUCUUGGCAUGCCUCGAGGGCCAAGGUCUUGCGAAUCAUCGCACGAUCGACAAGGUCCCUACCUCAAAGCCAUAAUUGAGAACUUGACAGCCAUAUAUGACAUGCAGGCAGUCGACACCGCGAUGAAUCGAGUGUGGCAGCAUCUCUGUGAUGUUGUGUUUAACGAAGCGUUGGAGCGGGAGCUGCACCUCCCCCAACUGCCGCCGCACAUACACCUUCGCGAGAAUGCGCGCAACAUGCUGUACGAGCUGCGAAUGGUGACCCCGGCUCCGUGGCCGUUUGAGGUUUUGUGGCAGCCACCGCAGGGCAUUCCUGCCAUCCCGCUAUCGUCGCCGGCCACGACUCGAGGAAUCGCAGUGGUCCACAGCUCCAGUCAUCCACAAGUGGCUGUUGGCGACGUUCUCUUGGCCAUCAAUCGAGUAUUUCUCGCGUCGUCGCUGCCAGCCGUCCAACCAGCAUGGCACCGAGCAGUUGAAAAAUCGUCGCUUGCUCGACCGACCACGUUUGUCUUUCUUCGACAAUUCUAUCACCGUAUCAGCGCCUCCUUGAACAACUCGACGCGGUGCUGGCAAGUGCCGUGGUCGGCCUGGGACGGCCCCGCUGCGCUCACGCCCAUCGAAACAUACAUAUGCUCUCGUCUGUCGCCGCGAGUCGAGAGAUUGGCGACGCUGUGGGUCGACAGCCAGGCAUGGGAGACCCACAAAAUUCCCAGCACGUCCACCACGUUCUACCGCCAUGUACCAUCGCAACGAGUCUUCUGCGACCACCCGAUGCACAUCGUGUCACAGCCGCACAUUCGACAGACCCAUUUUCGCUUGAGAUGGACAUGUCGAAAAGUGUGGGCGCCACGAUGGAUGCGCCGCGUGGUGCGGGACGCAACAGAACGCGUCGAGGCGCGCACGAUUGAAGACGUUUUGGAUGCUGUACUUGAUGCGGUGUUUCAACACGUUGUCAUUCCCAGUACCGUGGAAUUUGCCGACGCCGUAGUCGCCGACUCCAUCCAACGGCUCGUGAGCAACCUGGUAGUUGACGUCGAAGUCGCAUUCGUCCAAAACGUGGCACGAUUUCGCCAUUUCCAUCGAGGUUGCAACGAAGUGGACGCGAAUGGCCCAAUUCCUGCCGACGACCAAGUAAAGUUGGAGUCGUUGCUGUUCGAGACGACUCGUCCUCGAUCUCCUCCGACAUGGACUACCUUUGUGAUGGAUGCAGCAACUCCCCACCAAGCUCUGUCGGCGCUGCUGGUCACUUCGACUCGUUUGCUUGUCGCCGAGCGCGCCACUGUCGAGAACGAUGGCCCGCCGGCUAGUGACGUCGGUCCAGCAGGCCAUUGUACCUUCUCCGGCGAAUCCGUGCGCAUCGUACAUCCCGACAAUGAUGAGCAUGUGCAACUGGAUCACAUUUGUGAUUUUCAAACAAGUCAAACGAGUGACAGCUUGGACCCCGACGAAAUGACUCGGAACGAUCCAGACGACGCUCUGAAUACAAUCGCGCCGGAAUUCCACGACGAGCGGGAUCAUGUGGCGCCGAUUCCGUCCGACCAGGAUGCCACCGCGGAAGCGCUCGAAUGUAUCCCGCUGGAAGCGACCGUCGCCUUGGCUGAAGUGAUUCGAGAGGCGCCACUGAACGCACACGAUCACGACGGAUGUCAACGUUCCCUGCAGAAAGAAACCUGCUAUUGGGCUCUCCUGGUCGAUGACGACGACAGAUCGUCCAAAUCGAGCGGCAAUCGUCUUUGGCAGCAUCACGGCGGCGCAUCCCUCGCGUCCGACGUCACGAUUGAAUCCAUCGCAGACACGCCGUACAGAUCCCACAUGGAUGAGUGGCCGCCAGCCCUUCCAGUGGUUCCGCUCGUUGUGCCAGCGCUCAGUACAUCGCACGGCAUCGCCAUGCAGACCAAACACUCUUGGAAGGACGUCGCGACUGUCCCGAUCGACGAAGCGUGUCAUGCGGACCGCGCCAUGACGGACGAUUCGAGCCAAACACCGCCGGAGGAUCCGAACGUCGACCCAGCUCAAUUCACGGCAAACCUGACAAGCGAUGGCGCAACGCAAACCGACUCUUGUCCAAUAAUCGCCGCGCGCAUGGAGAUGGCGUGCCAGACGGAAGCGGAGUCCGCGUUUGUGCCACGUCUGGCGCACGACCUAGAAAAUGGACGCGAUGGAAACGUUGGAUCCGACGGCAAAGUGUGUGCCAUGGACUCGUCGGACGGACGUGCACUGGAUGCACUCGAUUUGGCAGCUUGCGAUGCACUCGAGACAACGGAAGCGGACGACGGCGCUUCGUGUGACGAACACACCGUGGCCGACGCAGUCACUUGUGAUGCCAGCACAGUCAAAUCCCCGACUGGGGAUCUCGAUCAUCAGCCACAUGACGGAGACUUGGACCACACCGUACGAACAUCUAGCGACGCGACGGACUCCGCGACUUCUCCGACAAACUCAACUCCAACCCGACACACCUUGACAGGAGCGCCUUCUGAAGCAAGUCUUGAUACUCUGCAAGCGGGGCCAUCCACAUUAGACGAGCAACAAACUGUUGGGGAGCCGAUCAAGGAGGUGGAGCGGCCAUGUCCUGGCUACGACGUGUUGUUCGACCCUCCUUCAGAUGUUCUACCGGAUGCGGACGUAGACACGGAAGCAAUCAUCGAGCAACCGGUGGACGACGCUUCGCUUGCAUCGUCGCGGGCAUCUUGCUUUGAACACGCUGCCCCUGCAACUCUGGAUAAUCCCAUCGAGGCGGUCGAAGAUGCGAUCGGUACUCAGGUUGACAACUCGAAAGAAUCGCCACGGGUCGUGGAACCCCAUGGCGGCUUGCCUGGGACCGCGAGGCCCAUCACUCCACUCGGCAUGACAGCGUUUCGUGGCUCCGACGACAAUGUCGUUGCAAUGGAGCCCUUGGAUCCGUCAACACCGCAGUCCUGCAGAGUUCUCAGUGAUUUGCUCAUGCUCAACAGUCCAGAUGCAUCCACCGACGAUACAACCAAAACAAUCGUCGUUCGUGACGAGCCCAGAAUUCAAUCGCCGCGGCAGCAGACCCUGUCCGUCGACAACAACGCUGUGAUGAAGCUGCCGACAGUGCCGCUUCUCGAGGCGCUGCAGCUAACGCCCGAAUGGGUGGUCGAGACGAAGGUGCUGUCGACCACUCGUUGGGCGCUGCCUCGUCUCGCCCUCGACCGCAUCUCGAAACCACGACAGCUUCACAACCGAGUGUUCAAACAAAACCAGCAGCACGUUGAGAACGCCGCCAGGCGAAUCCAAGCCGUCGUGCGCGAGUACUUUGCCAUGAAGAAAGGGACAGCCGAGCGAUACGAUCCCCUCCCUCCACAGCCCAUUCGAGAUGUCCUAGACAGGCAAUACCGAGUGCACAGGUCGCCACGAAUCCCUUCCAAGUUGUUGCGGCGAAAGCAAAACGCGAGUAAACUGCCAGUGCUGACCAAACCAACCAAAGCAUGGCCAGACCGACGCAUCAGGGAUGAAGUUGGCGAUGACGAAGCGGGGCACUCUACAGGCUUGACCCCUCGAGAAUCCAAGCUAACGGCUGAACUGUGCGAGCUGAAUGCAAAAUUGGAACGGACGAAAUUCAAGCAGAAACAUCGAGGAAUGGUGUCCCUACCAUCGCUUCACACCGUACAAAGGUCGCCACCGGUGGUGAUGCCGUUCGCUGCUACGGGAAAGCCAAAGGGGACACGAUAACGAGUCAGGCCAGCCUACGACUUGCAGACCAUGGGGUUUAUACGAGAAGUCGCCGAAAUACGUUUAUCGACCGAGGCUCGUGCGUGUCGACGGCAUGCCACAGCUACAUUGAUGUUCACGGCCCAAGGCAAAUACAGGUGUACGAUACGCCUCGCUUUGCCGUCCCCAUUCGGGUCAGUGCCGCCAUCAUGGAUAAUGGCCGGCAUCCACCGCGACCGAAGGCUGUUGCCUUUUUCUGGAGCCGACAAAUUUUAAGAAACGAGCGGGCGUUUUGGGGGAAAAACUUCAUUUUGUCAAAAAUAUUGAAUAAAAACAACAAGGGUAGUGACUUGGGGA